UUCCGUACCCAAACAUGGAAACAAUUAUCAGCAUCACUAACACAAUUAUCGUGUUUACUACUAAAUUAGCGCCGUUAAUGUAAGGCCACACGAGAGUAUAGCAUUACACAUAUCAGAAUAAACAGACAAAUUCGCAGUGUUUCACAAUAAUUGUAAUUCCAAGUCGAGGAAUUUUAAUAGUUUAAUUAAAUUUAGCGCGUGGUAUUUCGUACUCUACGUGGGCGUAUAAUUGUCUAAUUGCAUUAAGAAGCCCUAAAUAUAUUUCUAAUAAAAGCGGAAUCGUCAAGAUUUGCCUCAUUUUUGUGCAAAGUCCAGUGCUAGUGCCACAAAAUGGUGUACAACUUCCGAGUGUUCAAAAAACAGUCCCCGAAUGCCAAACUCACUUUAUACUUGGGAAAGCGCGACUUCGUAGACCACAUUUCGGGGGUGGAACCCAUAGACGGCGUCGUGUGCAUCGACCCCGACUACCGCGACCGCAAGGUCUUCGGCCAAGUCAUUUGUAGCUUCCGCUACGGCCGCGAGGAAGACGAGGUCAUGGGUCUCAACUUCCAGAAGGACUUGCACCUAGCGACCCACCAGAUCUACCCGCCCCCUGAUAAACAAAACCUGUCUAAGUUGCAGGACCGCCUCAGCAAGAAGCUCGGUCCCAACUGCCACCCUUUCACUUUCGCGCUGCCGGCCAACGCCCCGGCGUCCGUCACCCUGCAGCCGGGGCUCGACGACGAGGGGCAGCCUUGCGGGGUGCACUAUUUCGUGAAGUUGUUCGUGGGGGAGUGCGAAACCGACAGGUCCCACAAGAGGAGCACGGUUUCUAUGGCCAUCAGGAAGGUGCAGUAUGCGCCGUCCAAGCAGGGCAAGCAGCCGUGCACCGUGGUGCGGAAGGACUUUAUGCUGAGUCCCGGGGAGCUGGAGCUGGAGGUGACGCUGGAUAAGCAGCUGUAUCAUCACGGGGAGAAGAUAGCGGCGAAUAUUUGUAUUCGGAAUAAUAGCAAUAAGGUGGUGAAGAAGAUGAAGGUCAUGGUGCAGCAGGGGGUGGAUGUGGUGCUGUUCCAGAAUGGACAGUACAGGUCGACGGUGGCGAGCGUGGAGACACAGGAGGGAUGUCCCAUCCAGCCUGGAUCUACACUGCAAAAAAUCGUCUACUUGGUACCACUGCUCUCGUCCAACAAAGACAGACGAGGAAUUGCCUUAGACGGACAACUAAAGCGCCAAGAAACUAACCUGGCAUCAACUACACUGUUGGCAUCUCCCGAUCAACGCGACGCUUUCGGGAUAAUCGUUUCUUACGCUGUUAAGGUGAAACUGUAUCUGGGGGCCUUAGGUGGAGAGCUGUCUGCCGAAUUGCCAUUUAUUCUGAUGCAUCCUAAACCCGACAAUCGUGGAAAAAUGAUCCAUGCUGACAGCCAGGCCGAAGUGGAAAUGUUUAGACAGGACACCAUCGACAAAGAAAUAGAUGAGUAGCGACAACUAGUAUGGUAUAAGCGGUUGCGCCUUAAUUAUAUAUGUCCUUGCCCUAUUAUUAUCUGAAGUUUGUAACGUUAUAUCACAUUUGUAUCUGCAUAGGUGCAUAUUUAUUUAAAUAAAUCCAGCUUGCAUAAUUU